CGCGGAGUAAGGCAUUUCCUUUUCCAAAUCAAUUUAGACAUGGAAAUCAAUUUAAUCUCGGCGAAUCAAUUGAGAUUCUUGUAUUUCGGACUUCUAAUUGUCACCGUGCAAACAUAUCCCGGGAUUCCCAAUGUUCCUGAGUUUUUAGAACUACCUGAGAUCAUAGGUCUCACAACAGAAAAGGAAUUCGACAUUUUAAUAUUGACCCAGCAGUGGCCCCAGACGAUAUGCUCCACGUUCGAGAGUGCGAAGCCUUGCAAACUGCCUCCUGACAAUAGGUGGACAAUCCACGGACUCUGGCCAACGAAAUUGCACACAAAAGAACCAGCGUUUUGCGACAAUGGCGCGAAAUUCAACCACGCGGCUAUAGCAUCAAUUGAAAAGGAGUUGAAUGAGAAAUGGCCAUCGUUGAAUAAUAAAAAAUCGUCGAGGGACUUCUGGACUCAUGAGUGGAAAAAGCACGGGACAUGCUCCACGAUGCUGAAACCGGUCAACACCCAGGAAAACUAUUUCAGGAAGACGUUGCAGCUCAGGGACAAGUUCUAUGUGAAGAGCAUCCUAGAUAAGCUGAAAAUUCUGCCAGGAAAAUCAUAUCCAGUUAAAAAAAUCGUCGAUGGAAUCAAUCAAGCACUUGGAAAACGUUGUGUUGUCAGUUUAGUUUGUAAUUCGGCGAAGAAGCUAUCGUACCUCUCGGAAAUUCAGAUUUGCUUCGAUAAAUCGUUUAACUUGAUCGACUGCCAGGGGAGUAUUCAAUAUCCCAAGAAGUGUCCACGAACGCAUGAUAUUAUCUAUCCGGACAGUCCACCGGCCGUCUAUUUGGAUGGAUUAGACGAAAUUGAGCAAUCAACGAAUUAUUAAACACGUUGAACUAUUUCUAAUGUAGAAUAAUUGUGUGAAGCCCUUCUGCAGGGAUGAGACA